AUAUUUUUGUUUGGGUUGGUUUAAAAAAAAUGUAAAAGCAACCCCCGCAUCUUUUGAUUUUUCAGUAUGCGGCCCCUCGUGGAAAACGUUUGGACACCCUGAUGUAGUAUUUGGGUCACUAAGCGUCAGUAAUGACACAAAACAAUGAUGACAUAUAGCCACAGCCAUGGCAUGGCCGACAUGAUAGAGUGAAAAAAAGUUCUCCUCCCUUUCCGUGUGGAAGUGGUACAUUUGUGGUUUAGAAUAAAUAAGUGGGAGGCUAACUCGUUUGCUCGGUAGCAUGCUAUGCUUAAAGCCGUGGCCAUCUGUUGUGUCCCUGCAGGGAUCCUGUAGCCUGUGCAUUGGCAAUGUGGUGUCAACAAAGAAUAAUAGGAGUGUAAAGAUGACUAUGGGGGUGUUAUUUCAUGUCUACAGGGCUCUAAUAAUGGUAAAAAAAAAACCUACUUAGAAAGUCCUAACCUACAAAAGUCAUAGCCUACCUACAAAAAUAUUCCUUUUAUUAAUAUUGAAUCCUAGUUCGCAGAAAUUCACUUAUCGCAGUCUGGUCUGGAACCAAUUAAGUGCUAUAAGAGGGAUGACUGUAUACGGUAAAUACAAUAAGUUGUAGUAAUAAUGUGGAGAUGAGGGAGUUUAUUAAGCAGCAAUAAGGCUUGCAGCAGGCCUUUUAAAUUGGAUGCGUGACUUGAUGUGUUUUUUUGCAAAUUGAUUUUUUUACUUUGGGUCUAGUGAAAAUUUGACCUCGGUCUUCUUAAAGUUGAGGCUGAUAUGCACCAAAAAUGAAACACCGGAGCGGCUAUCUACCUUUUGUAUGUCUACCAAGUUUGCAUGAGAUCAAAUGAAAAAUGUAGCUAAGUCAAGGUUUGACAUUGCGGUGACCUAGACAUUUGACCUAGACGUUUUUGCUUAGACAUAUAUAAAGGUAAGGAACCAAAGAACCUUUAUGGUAAAUGUGUUGGUGUUUGUACAUGCGACAGACAAACAAAACAGUUUUUUCCAUUUUUCCGGCCUUGGCGGAGGUCCACCCUCUUGUUACUUAUGUGAUUUAACCUUAAAAGCCUCUUAAAUUAAAAUGGUUUUCCCUGUCGCCGCUUUUACGACACAGCUCGUCCCGCUUGCGCACACAAACCGGCCACAUUCUCCCAGUGCGCCACGUUUCCCACAAGAGGAUUCCUCAGCAGUCACCGCCGGCCGCUCCACCCAUGUCGUGAGCGGCGCUUGUUGCUGAAGGUGCAAGCUGACGGUUUGACUUCUGGCAGCGUUUGAGAGGCUGCUGACGUGCGCGUUGGGCAGGAAGUGUGCAAGAAGCAGCUCUGGAUCCUGUUUUUCUAGACCGCAGCAGCUGGAACCGCGCCACAGCUAUGACUUGUAACGCUAAACACAUACACACACGCACUCUUGCCCUCGGCCUCCGCUCAUAACUUCCUCGCAAACACCACGCCCACCCAAAUUCCUAAAUUGAUGCACACACGCCAAUACAUUUCACCUACAAUCAUGGCUAGUCAUGCAGUUGAUGGUGUGUAGCUUCACUGUCAACAAUCUGUGCAAUCUUCACACCUGGCUGCGUAUGAAUGACAGCAUGACGUAUUUCAACGUUUAAAUGAGAUUCCGCUCCUUCUCACGAGACUGUACGAAUAUUUUGUGGGAAACAUACAGCAGUAUGGUUAGUAAAAAUUGUGACCUUUUAUUAGCCCUUUCUGAGGUACUCAUUGACCACGACUGCAAUCUAGUCAAGUUGGAAUUUGGUCCAUUGGGCAAAAAGUAAAUACAAGUCAUGAGAAUUACCUUUUUUAUGGCAAAAAUGACUUUUUUUGCAUAUUUUUACAGCCGGAUGACUUGGCGUUAGAGAUUCUGUUGCUCAUACAUUGUCUAGUUUGAACUUUGUGACAAUUGCCCACAAAAUAUGCACAAAAAUGUGUCAAAAUGUUCACACUUACAGACUUCUUGUACCAGUUCUCACAAAAUUUGCAUCAGAAAAUUGUCUCAUGUACAAAAUACUGGUGUACACUUACAAAUAUACUUUUUGUACGACUUCCCACUAAAUUUGUGCGACAGGGUUGUCACACCUGAGUUCAUACUUAUACCGAGUACACAUUUUGGAUAAAUUCAUACUAAAGUUGCACUGGAAAAAUGUCCCAUUUGAACGCAGUACACCUAUUGCUAUACCUUUUGUACAAUUUCCUACUAAUGUUGCAUGACAACAUUGACCCGUUUGAUUGACGCAUUUUUUGAAAGAUUUUCGACAAAUGUCAUGUGACAAUAUCGUCCCGUCUCUGAAUGCACUACAUGUGUACGCUUAUACAUUCUGUAUGAUUUCGUGUCAAAUUUGUGCGGGUGAAUACAAUUUUUGUGUAGUGUUGUGGUGAGCCGCAGUAUAGUUAAGACGUUCACCAGGUUUCACUUCCGUUUCCAGGUCAUAUGGUUGUUGUGGCAGCUGAGCCGUUGCUAAGUUGUUAUUGCUUUGCUCAGUGGAGAGUAAACGGUUGAUUCCACUUAUCCUUGACUCCCGUCUCGUUCUGAAUCACAUCUCCACAUUUGGUGACCCCGACGUGAUAUGAGCACGCAACCUUCUAUCCUACUAAAUUCAUAUAAGAAUAUUAUCCUGUAUUUAUACUACAGAUGUUUUUUCGUACCAAAUAUGCGUAAGAAAAUAUUCCUGAAUGAACACAAAACACCUACAGAUGUAUGGGUUUCCUUCAGGACAGUUUCCUACAAUAUGUGCAUUAGAAAAUUGUCCCGUUAGUGAAUGUACUUAUAGACCGGAAAUUACGGUACAUAAGCCGCUACUUUUUUUCACGCUUUGAACCCCGCGGCUUAAACAGUGAUGCGGCUCGUUUGUGGUCGCAUUCUGGCCUCACGACAUCUCAUGUGCUUCGGAGCAGUCAGUUUGUGGCUUUCAGGUCUAGUCUGAUGUUUAGCUCCUAAAUUUGGAUGACAGCACAUGUACGGCCCCUUCCUGAUUUCUUUUUUUUUUGCAUGUUUGUCACACUUAAAUGUUUCACAUCAUAAAACAAAUGUAAAUAUUAGUCAAUUACAACACAACUGAACACAAAAUACAGUUUUUAAAUGAAACUUUUUAUUAUUAAUGGACAAAAAAAAAUCAAAAACUACUUGGCCCUGUGUGGAAAAAGUGAUUGCACCCUAAAUCUAAUAACUGGUCGGGCCCCCCUUAGCAGCAACAACUGCAAUCAAGCGUUUGUGAUAACUUGCAAUGAGUCUCUUACAGCGCUGUGGAGGAAUUUUGGCCCACUCAUCUUUGCAGAAUUGUUGUCAUUCAGCCACAUUGGAGGGUUUUCCAGCAUGAACACCUUUUUAAGGUCAUGCCACAGCAUCUCAAUAGGAUUCAGGUCAGGACUUGGACUAGGCCACUCCAAAGUCUUCAUUUUGUUUUUCUUCAGCCACUCAGAGGUGGACUUGCUGGUGUGUUUUGGAUCAUUGUCCUGCUGCACAACCCAAGUUGGUUUCAGCUUGAGGUCACAAACAGAUGGCUGGACAUUCUCCUUCUGGAUGUUUUUGUAGACAGCAGAAUUCAUGGUUCCAUUUAUCACAGCAAGACUUCCAGGUCCUGAAGCAGCAAAACAGCCCCAGACUAUCACACUGCCACCACCAUAUUUCACUGUUGGUAUGAUGUUCUUUUUCUGAAAUGCGGCAUUACUUUUACACCAGAUGUAAUGUGACACACACACCAUCUAAAAAGUUACACUUGUGUUUUGUUGAACUUUUGAGUAUUUUCCCAAAGGUCUUGGGGAUCAUCAAGAUGUUUUCUGGUAAAAUUGAGACCUUCCUUAAAUGUUCUUUUUGUUCAGCAGUGGUUUUGGUCUUGGAACUCUGCCAUGCAGGCCAUUUUUGCCCAGAGUCUGUCUUAUGGUGGACUCAUGAACAUGGACCCCUAAUUGAGGCAAGUGAGGGCUGCAGUUCUUUGGAUGUUGUUGUGGGGUCUUUUGUGACUUCUUGGAUGAGUCGUCGCUGCGCUCUUGGGGUCAUUUUUGUUGGCCGGCCACUCCUGAGAAGAUUCGCCUCUGUUCCAUGUUUUCGCCAUUUGUUCAUCUCAGUUGAGUUAUGUUUUAACGGGGGGCAAUCACUUUUUCACACAGGGCCAUGUAGGUUAGGCUAGUUUUUCUCCCUUCAUAAUAAAAAGUUUCAUUUAAAACCUGUAUUUUGUGUUCAGUUGUGUUGUCAUUGACUAAUAUUUAAAUUCGUUUGAUGAUCAGAAACAUUUCAGUGUGACAAACACGCAAAAAAAAAAAGAAAUCAGGAAGGGGACAAACACUUUUUCACACCACUGUAUAUGCUUUUUCAGACUUGCCGUGGUGCUUGAUGGUGCUGGUAGUAAGAGGAGAGGAAUGUCUUUAACUGCAAUUUCGGAAAAUAACAUCCUGGAAAACAAGUUUCCAAGAAGCCCCGCUGCUGCAUGCUUUUCACAGACUUAAUCAUGCACUGCACUCACCGGACACACAUACAGUACACAAAACCUUCACGCUUCGCUUGCACACACGCAGACAUUGGAGGCAGACGCUGAGCCCACAGCAGCGCAGCGACUGCCAGCGCUUGCGUGGUGAUGACGAAAGAAACAAACAAAGCCAUACUUAGCAAAGAAAAGAAAGGUGUGGGCUAGCAGAUGGAUUUAAGAGGGUGGAAUUACUUAUGUCAACACAUUGCUACAGUGCCGCCUUUCUUUCCCAGCGACUGGAGCAUGUGCAGACAUGUCGCUGUGAAUGGCGCGGUGUGGUAAGAGGAUCAAUAGAUUUAAGAGUGCAUGGUGAAGACACACCUCUUACACAGGGUCAGGACAUCCCACACAGAGAGGAGGAGGAAGGAGGCAGAGAUAGGCUAGAUGCCUCAUUGUGUUUCUUUUUUCUUUUUUUUUUUUGACCCCCUCCCCCCUAUUUCCUUACUUGAUGUUGAGAAAGAGCAGAGGAUGCAGGCAAGUGUUUGCAACAUGCUCCUCUGUCAUGCAAAUGUGACUGCCGCUGCCGCCGCCGCCCUCCGUCAGCUGUCAGGGAAGGGAACGUUCUCCACAGGAAUGAGUCCUUGAGCCGGCUCACCAUGUGGAUGUGGGACAGCAACUUCCAAACUUUUGCUGGAAGAAUCCCCAGGAAAAAGGAAGAAAGAGCAGCGGCCCCCAGAGCUUAUCGUGUGGGUGGCCGCCUGUGCGAGAGUCCAUACACUGCCUUUUUUUUAGUGUCUCUUCAGUAACUCAUGGAUUAAAUGGUGCCUGAUUUUUAGGAUUUUAUGUGCUUCAUUUGCACAAAGUUUCAGAGAGACUCUUGACGGACCGCAGCAUGGGACACCACACAUUAUACUGGACUUUCCACUGCACACUGUGGGUCUUUGCCUGGAGAUAGAAUAUCAAAUAGGCCCAGAAAAGCCUCUUAAAAAGGGCGACUCGGGCUUGAUAUGAAGCCCGGACUGUGUCCAGGUGUUUCGAGUGACAGGACCAUGAAGCACCUGAGCCACUUUCCUUUUAGAAGACAUUCCUGGAUAUGUUUCGACGUGGACAAUGGAACCUCAUCAGGUCGCAGCCCACUGGACCCUAUGGCCAGCCCGGGAUCAGGCCUCAUCCUGCAGGCCAAUUUCGUCCACAGCCAGAGGAGGGAGUCGUUCCUGUACCGCUCCGACAGCGACUACGACCUCUCGCCCAAGUCUAUGUCCAGAAACUCCUCCAUCGCCAGCGACAUCCAUGGUGACGACAUGAUUGUAACGCCAUUUGCACAGGUCCUUGCCAGCUUGAGAACUGUACGGAACAACUUUGGUGCAUUAACUAACCUGCAGCAAGACAGAGCUUCUAAUAAUAAGAGAUCACCCAUGUGCAAUCCACCACCCAUCACCAAGACCACCUUUACAGAGGAGGCCUACCAGAAACUGGCCACUGAGACGCUGGAGGAGCUGGACUGGUGCCUGGACCAGCUGGAGACGCUGCAGACCAGACACUCAGUCAGCGAGAUGGCAUCCAACAAGUUCAAGAGGAUGCUGAACAGGGAGCUGACUCACCUGUCAGAGAUGAGUCGUUCAGGGAAUCAGGUGUCUGAGUUCAUCUCCAGCACCUUCCUUGACAAGCAGCAUGAAGUAGAGAUGCCAUCACCUCAGACGCAGAAGGACAAGGAGAAGAAGAACAAGCCCAUGUCUCAGAUCAGCGGUGUGAAGAAGCUGCAGCACUCGUCCAGCCUCACCAACUCCAACAUCCCUCGCUUUGGCGUCAAGACGGAGACGGAGGACGAGCUGGCGAAGGAGCUGGAACACGUGAACAAAUGGGGCCUUAACGUUUUUAAAAUCUCAGAAUUCUCUGGGAAUCGGCCGCUGACAGUCAUGAUGUACACCAUAUUCCAAGAGCGAGACUUGUUAAAAACGUUUAAAAUUCCACUGGACACCUUUAUCACCUACCUGAUGACCUUAGAGGACCAUUACCACGGCGAUGUGGCGUACCACAACAACAUCCACGCUGCUGACGUCACCCAGUCCACCCAUGUGCUGCUAUCCACCCCUGCACUCGAGGCCGUGUUCACGGACCUGGAAAUCUUGGCGGCCAUCUUCGCCAGCGCCAUUCACGACGUGGACCACCCGGGAGUGUCCAACCAGUUCCUCAUCAACACCAAUUCUGAACUGGCGCUGAUGUACAACGACGCAUCUGUGCUGGAGAACCACCACCUGGCCGUGGGCUUCAAGCUCCUACAGGAGGAGAACUGCGACAUCUUCCAAAACCUGACCAAAAAACAACGACAAUCCCUGCGAAAGAUGGUCAUCGACAUUGUGUUGGCUACUGACAUGUCCAAGCACAUGAACCUACUGGCUGAUCUAAAAACGAUGGUGGAAACCAAAAAGGUGACCAGCUCGGGAGUCUUGCUGCUGGAUAACUAUUCUGACAGGAUACAGGUUCUGCAGAACAUGGUGCACUGUGCAGACCUGAGCAACCCCACAAAGCCCCUGCAGCUCUACAGGCAGUGGACCGACCGCAUCAUGGAGGAGUUCUUCAGCCAGGGCGACCGAGAGAGGGAGCGGGGCAUGGAGAUCAGCCCCAUGUGUGACAAACACAACGCCUCGGUGGAAAAGAGCCAGGUCGGUUUCAUCGACUACAUCGUUCACCCCUUGUGGGAGACGUGGGCCGACCUGGUGCACCCGGACGCCCAGGACAUAUUGGACAUGUUGGAGGACAACAGGGAGUGGUACCAAAGCACCAUCCCCCAAAGCCCCUCCCCCGCCUUGGAAGAACCUGAGGACGGCAGCCGGCACCCGGUAGGGGACAAGUUCCAGUUCGAGCUCACGCUGGAGGAGGACGGCGAGUCGGACACGGAGAAAGACAGCGGCAGCCAGCCAGAGGAGGAGGAGGAGGAGGAGGAGGAAGAGGAGGAGGAGGAGGAGGAAAACAGCUGUACGGACUCAAAAACACUCUGCACGCAGGACUCGGAAUCUACCGAGAUCCCCUUGGACGAGCAGGUGGCGGAGGAAGAGGAGGUAGCAGAGGAGGGGGACACUUCCUACUCGCAAACUUGUGUUGUGGAGGAAGAGGAAGAGGUAGCGGAGGAAGAGGAGGAGGAAGAGAAAAGCCCCGACACAUAGCAGUGCAGGACAGCCCCUGGUGAACUCUUCUUCUUAGUAAUGAUUAUUUAUAGAAUAUUCUAUGGGGGCGGGGGGGUCUGUGUUUUUUUCUUACACGUAUGUUCCAAAGCCACUCCCCCUCCAUCAGCCCUGUUGAGACGCACCCACAUCCACCCUGCCUUCUGUUAGCCAUCACCCAACAGGGACACCUUGGCCACGCCCCCUCUGCGCCUCUUCUCUGAUAUGACACGCCCAUGUCAACCACACGGCUCCUCCGAGCUGUGAUAAGACACGCCCACAUCCAGCACACCUCCCUCACGCUCCACUCAGACACGCCCACAUUGCCCACAACUCCUUCUCAGACACGCCCACUUUGGCCACACCCCUCACAAUCUCAGACAACCCCCACCCAACGGUACUCACUUUUUAUUUUGCACUCAGGAAAAAUCCCUCCCCAUUCGCCGUUCUCCAUGCUGAAGUGACCUUUUUCUUUUUCCGCCCCUUUUUUUCAUCUUUUCUUUUCAACCCAAUCACAUCGAGGGCCGGAGGGAGUGGGGGCGGAGCCGGUAGAAACACACGACGUGGAAGUCUUCCUUGGAAAACGACGUUGCUUGCUGCUGUCCUCUGUAUCAGAUCUUUUCUACACUUUAUUUGAGCUUGGGUGUGAAUGAUGAGGUCAUUUUUAAUGUUGGCUUUUUUUUGGGGGGGGGUCAGACUCAUUUGAAGUGUUUGCACUUGCUCCAAUAGCAUUUAUACCACUUAAUGUACUCCCAUGCCCACUCUGCUCCCACUCGGCUAACUAGGACUUUAUGGUUAUUAUGAUUAAUUCAGCAAGAUGGCCGCCGGGGAGGAAACAAAGAAGGUGACGUGGGUGAAGCCUUGAACUUUUAUUGUUGCCUACAGUUCUUUUUGAACACAUCCUGAGACAAUGCAAUGCUUUGUAGUCCAUACAAAAAAAGCACUUUUUUUUCCUUUUUUUUCAUUAUUUCAUUAUUAGUGCUUCUAAAGAUGUUUAGCAAUUGGUGGGGUGCUUUUUAUUUUAUGGUUUUAUAUCCAAACAUUACAACAGCUUUUCAUUGCUUUUGUCAUCAUUGUUUGGUCGUUGAGCACUUGGUUGCUUUGUCUUUGCUUUGGGAUGAGACAAUCAGCGUCGACUGACACAUUGCCUUUUUUAAUUAAAAAAAAAAAAGUGUCACAUACGACAGAGUAUUAUAUCUUGAAAAAAAAAUCGGAGAUUUCAAGAAUAAAGUUGUAAACUCACGAGAAAAAAGUCGUAAUAUUGAGAGAAAAAAGUCAUAAUAUUGAGAGAAAUAAAGUAAUAAAUUAAUGAGAAUAACAGUAAAAUUUACGAGAAAAAAGUCGGAAAUUCACGAGAAAAAGUUGUAAAUGUUUUUCUCGUAAUUUAGAGAAAACUUGUAAAGUUGGAAAAAAUUGUGUUGUAUUACGAUAAAAAAGUUGUAAAUUUAUGAGAAAAGUAGUCAUAAAUUACCUAGAAUAGUGUCGUAAAAUUUACAAGAAAAAGUUGUACAUUUACGAGAAAAAAAUUUGGAAAUUAACGAGAAUAAAGUUGUAAAUUUAUGAGAAAAAGUUGUAAAUUUACGAGAAUGCAUUCGGGAAUUCACGAGAAAAAGUUGUAAAUGUUUUUCUCGUAAUUUAGAAAAAACUUGUAAAGUUGGAAAAAAUUGUGUUGUAUUACGAUAAAAAAGUUGUAAAUUUACGAUUAAAAAAAGUUAUACAUUUACAGUAGUCCAAGUGAAAAAUAAUGAGAAAAAAGUGAUAAAUUUAUGAGAAAAAAAGUUGUAAAUUUACAAGAAAAAAGGCGUAAGUUUAAGAGGAAAAAAGUCGUAAAUUUACAAGAAUAGAGUCGGAAAAUCACGAGAAUAAGUUGUUAAUAUUUUUCUUGUAAUUUAGAGAAAACUUGUAAAGUUGUAAGAAUUUUUCUUGUAUUACGAGAAAAAAGUCGUAAAUUUAUGAGAAAAUAGGUCAUAAAGGAACUAGAAUAAAGUUGUAAAAUUUACGAGAAAAAAAGUUGUACAUUUAUGAGAAAAAAAAUUAGGAAAUUAACUAGAAUAAAGUUGUAAAUUUACGAGAAAAAAGGCGUAAAUUUACAAGAAUAAAGUUGUAAAUUUACAAGAAAAAAGGCGUAAAUUUACAAGAAUAAAGUUGUAAAUUUACAAGAAAAAAGGUGUAAAUUUACAAGAAAAAGUUGUAAAUUUACAAGAAUAAAGUUGUAAAUUCCCGAGAAAAAAGGCCUACACUUAUAAGAAAAACGUCGUAAAUUUACAAGAAUACGUUCGGAAAUUCACGAGAAAAAGUUGUAAAUGUUUUUCUCGUAAUUUAGAAACAACUUGUAAAGUUGGAAAAAAUUGUGUUGUAUUACGAUAAAAAAAAGUUAUACAUUUACAGUACUCCAAGUGGAAAAUAAUGAGAAAAAAAGUGAUAAAUUUACAAGAAAAAAAGUUGUAAAUUUACAACAAUAAAGUUGUUAAUUUAGGAGAAAAAAAUUCGUAAAUUUAUGAGAUAAUAAGUAAUAUUACGAGAAAAAUGUCAUAAUAUUACGUUUUAGAGGGAAAAUAGAGAAUAACUCUUCAGGAAGGAGGGAAAAUUUCCUCUUGCCUCAGGUAAGCUUUUAUUUUUGUCGUGGCAGCAAAAGAGAGCAGUUGAGCACAAAAAGAUUAGCAUGGCUAGCCCUUCUCACUUCCACCUUCCUCACCCCGUCCCCUCCACGUGGCCAAGGCCAAAGAUCACAUAAGUCCCCCUUUUCAUAGCUGUCUCAUGCAAUGCCUGAAAAGUUAUGUUUUUUUCUCGUAAAUUUACAACUUUAUUCUCGUAAUAUUACGAGUUUUUUCUCGUUAAUUUACGACUUUAUACACAUAAAUUUACCACCGUAUUCUCGAAAUGUCAGUUUAUUUUAACACGCCGUCGUAACAGGCAUUGCCUGAGACAGCUGUGAAAAGGGGGGAAUUAUGUGACACUUGGCCUUGGGCAAAAGUAAUAUUACGACAUUUUUUCUCGUAAAUUUACGACUUUUUUCCUGUUAAUUUACGACUUGUAAUGCAAUGCCUGAAAAGUUACAAGUUUUUUCUUGUAAAUUUACAACUUUAUUCUCGUAAUAUUACAAGUUUUUUCUUGUUAAUUUAUGACUUUAUUCUCGUAAAUUUGAGACUUUAUUCUCAAAAUGUCCGAUUAUUUUAAUACUCCUUUGUAACAGGCAUUGCCUGAGACAGCUAUGAAAAGGGGGGACUUAUGUGACCUGUGGCCUUGGGCAAAGAUAAUAUUACAACAUUUUGUCUUGUAAAUUUACGACUUUUUUGCUCAUAAUUUUACGACUUUAUUCUCGAAAUCUACGAUUUUUUUUUUCCCAAUGUGGCCCUAAUACUCUGUCGUAGUAACAUGCCAAUGAGUCUCACGCAUUCAUUUUUUUAUUUUUUUUGUAUUUAUUGAUAUGUUUUAUAUUUUUCCUCAGUGUAUUGCGUUAACGCAUAAAGGUGGCACAGUAAACAAAUCACUGUAGCAUAAACAGGCUUGCCAGUUCCAAAACCCAAAUAUUAUUACUUUUAUUUUGCUAUUUUCCAUUUUGCUUCUGUGUACAUAAAAAUAGUACCAAAAAAAAAAGGAAAAACACACUUGAAGACUGCACACUGAUUUUUUUUUUUUUGUCACUCUUUAUUUAAUCUAACAUGUUUGUGCCAAUUUUAUUUUCAUGUUUUCCUUUUUAUUGUCACGCUCACCCGAUGCCCUUACCUGUAAUACGAUUUAUCCAGUUUUAAUGGCUGUUUACAAACAUGAUAUUUAUUGUUGUGUAUAUACUAUAUAGUUAUUAUUAUUAUUAUUAUUAAUGUUAUUGCUAUCAUAACACCGUUUGUUGUAAAUGGUUGACUCUUAAUCAUCCCUUUUGGUGAUGGUGUGGCUGUAAAUCACGUACCUCUUGUUGAGAGAAUGUGUUUAAAAAAAAAAAAAGUUUGGAAAAAAAAAGGUUGCUUGUCUAAGAAGCAGCUUGGAGGGGAGGGAGGGGGUCCAGGGUGGGGAUAAACCAAAUUUUUCUCUAACAGCAACUGUUUCUUGGCCCAUGGGCUGUGCCUUAAAUUCAACACUUUGUCACCCUUUUUGUUAAUAUUCACGUUAUUUUAUUAUUAUUCUUCUGCUGCAUUAGUGAUGACCUCCGAACCUCUUUUGAUAAUCUCAAUAAACUGCCUUUUUUUGUUUUGUUUUGUUUUGUUUUUUGCUUUUGAAGCCAAAUUGACCCCAUCCCCACCCCGGGUAACGAAACAAGAGAGGUACCACUCUGUCCUGUCCUGGCUGCAACAUAACCUCAAGCCAAUAUAGGAAAGCACACAGGCUCAGCGACACACACACACACACACACACACACACACACACAUGCAUGUUCAGCCGCUGCUGCAUUAAAUUUGGCUGAAACACACUGUGUGUCGCUAAGGCCCCACGCCCCCUUUCCUGGCAAUAGAACAUCCCAGAGACUCUUCUGUUGACACAUAUACUGUAGACGCUAAACAGCCCUGGACCAAUGGAAACAGUGGGUUCUUGUUUUUCCUCUUUUACGCGUUCUAUUUUUUUAAUGGAGUGAAAGGAAAACACAAACUGUAACUUUAAAAAAUAAAUAAAUAAAAGGUCUUCGGGACAAUUAUUUUUGGGGGGUUCUGUCUUUAGAAUGCCAACUUGUCCGGACGUUUCACAGGACAAAUUCAAAUGUUAUUUUAAUGGAAUCCUUGUUAAUUGCAGUCUAUUGGAUAGCACUGUAGAGCAAACAACUUUAUGUAAAAAAAAACAAAAAAUGUUUUUUAUAUGCAAUGGAUUAAAAGCAUGGGUUGAUUCUGCCUAAUCUGUGUUUUGUUUAAUUAUAUUUAUUUUCAUUUUUUUUAUGUAUUUGUUUUUUUCAAAGCAAUUAUUACAUACAUUUUUUUUUCAAUAAGAUUUUGUAUUAUAUUUCGUAUUUUUGCUGAAGCACUGGAAAUUAAGUAGUAAAAAGUGGCAGCCUUUUGCUCCAGCGAUCAAGUCUGGUGCUUGUGUGUCACACUGAGCAUUACAGUAACAUUACUGACACCUAGUGACUAGUGUAGCAUGCUACAUAUCACUCACAGCGUCUUUGAAUGCCUCUUUUGAAUAGCUUAUAUUUGUAUUUUAGUUCAUUUAGCCAUUUUUAUGCUUGAAAAUUCUUAAUUUAUGCCAAAUAUACAUUUGCUUAAUUAUGUAUAUUUUCUGACCAAUAAUUACAAAAAAAAUCUAAAAAUGAGAUUUUAAAAAGGUCAAAAGGCAGUCAGGCUUUCUGAUGCAAAUAAACACACAAAAGCCAAACCAUUGAAAUUGUUUUAUUUCCUACAAUGUCAAAAAGAAGUCAAAUAAAACGUCUUGCGUUGACAAACAUUUCCUCUCUGUCAAUAAUAAAAUCCCCAUGCUGGAAAAUGACACUUGGCCCUACUUAAUUGAUGAUUUUACUUUAUUUUCACUUGAGAUUGACACAUGGCUAUUGGCAUCAAAUGCUAAUAUCACACACGCACACACACGCACGCACGCACAUGCACAAAGUCUAGUUGAUCCCUUUAAUUGUGUGGCUUAUUAUUAAUGUGAGCUACUUUCUCUUCCCCGACGACUUCACGACAACAUGGAGAACACGACCGACACGUGGCAGGGAAGACAUCUUUUUUCAUUUUUUUAAAAAAAGGUUUACACAAACAACACACUACUCCUCUGUAUACCCCCCCACAACCACACGCACACACACACCACACACUGCAGUCAUCGAACUGGAGAGACUAU